AUGACGCAGCGCCUGUUGGACAGCCACUCCCCCUCUUCCUCCCCCUCUCUGUCCCCGGUCUCCACGGUGUUCGUCAGCGGCUCCGUAGCGCCCCCUCUGGACGUGUUCCAGGUGAACGUGGGGGGCAGUCGCUUCUCUCUCUCGGCCCAGAUGCUGGCUCCGUUCCCGGGCACGCGCCUGGGCAGAGUGGCCUUCUGUCCGCAGGAGGCACUGGAGCUUUGCGACGACUUCAGAGAAAACGAGUUCUUCUUCGACAGGAACGCGCAGACCUUUCAGUACAUUCUGAACUUCUACCGCACGGGGCACCUCCACGUUCAUGAGGAGGUGUGUGAGCUCUGCUUCCUCCAGGAGCUCCAGUACUGGGGCCUGGACGAGCUGAAGAUCCAGAGCUGCUGCAGAGAGCGCUACUAUAGACGCAAGGACCAGAGAGAUCUAAACCAGGAUCUAAACCGCGAUCUCAAGGACCUGAGAGACCUGCAGAGCCUGGAGGAGGAGGACUUUGAAGGGGUGGUCUUCUCUGAGCUCAGGCGGAAACUUUGGGAGGUUUUGGAGAAGCCGGACUCUUCUCGCACCGCCCGGACUUUUGGAACCUUUUCCAUGACCUUUGUGGUUCUGUCUGUGGUCAACAUGGUGCUGAUGUCCCUGGAUUUAGGAGAGACGGAGGUGGGCGGGGCUCUGGGGGUGUCUUCUCUGUUGGACGCUGUGGAGUACGUGUGUGUGGCCUGGUUCUCUCUGGAGUUCGUGGUUCGGUUCCUCUGCGUGAGGGACAAAUGCCGCUUCAGCCGCAGCGUUCAGAACCUGAUCGACCUCCUGGCCGUUCUGCCCUUCUACGUGACGUCGGCCGUGGAGCUUCUGCACGGAGGAACCUCUGAGCUGGAGAACAUGGGCCGAGUAGUGCAGGUGCUACGGCUCCUCAGGUCACUGCGCAUGCUCAAGCUCGGGAGACACCUGACAGGGCUCAAGUCGUUGGGUCUGACCAUCGCUCAGUGCUAUGAGGAGGUGGGAGUCCUGCUCCUCUUCCUCGGUGUGGGCAUCUCGCUCUUCUCCACCGUGCUCUUCUCUCUGGAGCGGGAUGUUCCGGGCUCCACCUUCGUGAGCGUUCCUGCCGCGUGGUGGUGGGCCACCACCUCCAUGACCACGGUGGGAUACGGAGACGUCAGACCCGACACGGCUCUGGGGAAACUCCUGGCCUUCGUCUGUAUCCUGUCCGGCAUCCUCAUCCUCGCCCUGCCCAUCGCCAUCAUCAACGAGCGCUUCUCCGUCUGCUACCUGUCACUCAAGGUGAAGGAGGCGGCGCUGCGUCACAGUGAGAUGAUAAAACGGUUGGCUCGAGGCUCGGUGGGCGGGGCGGAGGCGGGGCUCGGGAGCGGAGGAGCGGGGCUAAACCUUCGGGACGUUUACGCCUCGAACGUCCUGGAGCUGAUGAGACUGAGGGGGAGAGAGAGAGCGAGCACCCGCAGCAGCGCCAACGAUGGAGCCCUCUGGUGGUGA